GCAUUUCUUUUUGACUAUGCACCCAUUCCUUCUGACAUAUGUUAUGUUUGAAUACAGAUAAAACUAAAGUCAACUUCAGUGUGUGCAUGACCAGAUCGUUUUAAAUGUGUAUUGAUUCGUUGAUUUUGAAUGGCGGGUUUAUUUCUAGACUAAUACAACUGUUGCCUAUUCUGAUCUAUCAUAUUUUCCUAAACUGUCUGAUGUCUCAACAUGGCGAUGUUCAGGAAGAUAUCAUUCUACAGUGGAUGUAUGACAAAUGAAAUCAAUUAAGAACAUGUGCAGUGAACUAUCAGUAAACCAUAUGUACCAAGACUUUAACAACUGUGUUGUGACAUUGCCCUGAAUCCUGCCUCAAGAGUUCCUAGUCAGAAGGGAUCAACUGAAAAGCAAACGAAACUCCCUUAUCAUAUAUAUAAGUGGGGAAAGUUAUAAUGACGAGCCAGGAGACAUUGUUUCUAUGUUCAGAAGGAGAUGCAGUCUUUGAAGUCAAAGUUUGAGAGUUUUAGGGAAGAGUUUAUGGAAGAACAAAUUCAUUUGACAGAAGAAAAUAAGGAACUUCAGAUCAACUUUGAGAGGCUUGGAGUACAGUUUCUGAGAUACGAAGCUUAGCGCAGAAGAAACUACAUCAUAAUCCACCGUUUGGAGGGUGUGUCAGGAGAGUCGUGGGACGAACAAAGAAGUUAGCCUGUGACUUCAUGAGUGAGAAUCUUGGGAUUAAAGACGUACAUAAGUAUUCAUUUGAGCAAGCACAUGACUUGAAUAUUGAAUCAAAAGUGAAACCAGUCAUCCUUAAGUUUACCUUUUUCAAAGGUAAAAGUUGUGUUUUGGAUGCAGUCAAAAUCAAACUCCGAGAUGAUAAUCGUUGUUGUAAAUGAUCUCACUGAGAGGGUUAAAAAUGGUUGAUCAGAGCUGAUACCGCUCAUGGUUUAAGCACGAAAUGAUGGCAAAAAGGGCACACUUAACAAUUUAAAUAUUGGUUACAUCUGAUCAAAUAUAUUGUCUGUCAGAUGAUGUUAGUUCACUGAAACCAGCUGGUACCAGGAGAGUUCUUUACCCUAGCCGUAGUGUUGGCAUGGAUAGAGCUGCCCAGGGAGUCCACUCGUUUCAUGCAGUACUUGAGAACCAACACUAGGGGAUUCUUGAAACCAGAGGUAACUGUGAAGUACAUUGGAGUGUCCAUAAUAUUCUUCAACAGUGGCCUUUCAUUGAAAACUGAGAAACUGACUGCUGCUCUGUGCCAAGUGAAUGUCCAUUUGUUUGUGCAAUGUUUCACCUUCAUUGUGAUCCCCUUCCUGCUGCACAUUGUGGUCCUCCUCCUGCAGACCAGUCCACUGGAAGCUCACCUGCUGGAUGGAUUGAGACUCCUGAGCUGUAUGCCGCCUCCUGUCUCCUCAGCAGUUCUACUCACAAAGGCAGCUGGUGGCAAUGAGGCUGCUGCAAUAUUUAAUUCUGCACUAGGUAGCUUCUUGGGUGUCUUCAUCACUCCAGCCCUUAUCCUAGCAACAGUAGGAUCAACUGCCCAUGUACCGGCCAGUGCUAUCUUCCUACAGUUGUCCUCCACAGUUGUCCUACCACUGAUCCUCGGACAAAUGUUGCGGGCUGCCUAUAAGCGAAAGCUGGAGAGAAACAGGAUCCCUUUUGGAGCCAUUGGAAGCAUCGUGCUGCUGGUUGUCAUCUACACCACCUUCUGUGAUACAUUCUCUCAUAGGGAAAUCCACGUGGAGGAGAUGAGUCUGGUCUCAGUUGUUAUGUUAGUAAUCGUGCUUCAAGCUGGCCUGAUGAUGCUAGUGUUUGCUGUGUCAAAAUGUUCCUUUCUUGGACUACAGCCAGCUGAUACUGUGGCUCUGGUCUUCUGUUGUACACAUAAGUCCCUAACACUAGGCAUUCCAAUAAUCAAGAUCAUAUUUGGUGGGUAUGAUGGGUUGUCUGUGAUAAGCAUCCCCUUACUAGUAUACCACCCAGUACAGAUUCUCCUUGGGGGGCUUCUCGUUCCCACGGUAAAGGCAUGGCUCAUCACAACAGAGAGGUUCAGAUAUAUGUAUCCAAGUCGACAGAGGUUUGCACAAUUUCUGCAAGUUUGAAUUCCUACACAUCGCUCUCUUUGUGUUCGACAUGACCAACGUUCAGUGCAUUGUAAGGAACAGGAUCUUAUGUAUUUUACCAGCAAUUAAAGCUUUAUGGUGUGUUA